AUGGUCCAUAAGGAUACGAAACCAGACGGCGUGGAGAUCAUAAUGCACAAGCGCAGCUGUACAAGAUGCAAUCAGAGAAAAGUGAAAUGCAAUCGGAAAAGUCCUUGCACCGCAUGUAUCAAGAAUGGAGAAGAAUGCAUAUUCCCUGGGGAUAAACGCGCACCACGGCAGUUAAAUCGACCCCCCGUUGGCGAGCUGCUUACGCGUCUCAAGGAGUUGGAAUCGGAGGUAGACAAGCUGCGAUCGACCACUGGCAAUCUAAAUAUAACUUCAAGUUCAAGUUACCCAGCGGGAUCUCUUUCGCAACCAAGCCACACGCCCCAGAGGUCUAUUACUCCCAACUUGAACGCGCUCAGCCUACCAGGCCAGUCCUGCAACCUCCGCGAUGGCUUCUCGUUGGAUGAAUUUCGCCUCCAAUAUUUUCAGCCUAGACAGAUCCAAAGACUAUGGUGUUUGCACGAGGAAAAUGUUGCACCUCUCAUCGCCAUUCUACAUCUUCCAUCAACGCAACAAAUAAUCAAUAAUGCAGCGAAUGGUGUCGAACUAGACGCCGCACAUGAGUCACUAGUACUCGCCAUCUGUUUCUCUGGUGUUAUCAGCAUGGUCCCAGGGCAAUGCCAGUCCGAAAUCGACCAGGAAUAUGAUGCCGCCAGAGAAAACUACGAGAUCGCAUUUGAAAGGGCUCUUGACUCAGCGGACAUUCUCAAGGCUAAGAAUAUCGUCAUUCUCCAAGCCGCGGUGGUAUUCCUGCUCUGCUCUCGCGCGGGCGGAAAUACCAGAUUAGUCUGGGCGAAGACUGCCGUGAUAAUUCGACUUGCUCAGAGCUUGCAGCUCCACAUAGAUGGGGAAAAUCUAGACCUCAGUCCAUUUGAGACAGAAAUGCGCCGUCGGUUGUGGUGGUAUAUCUGUAUCCUGGAUAUGCUUUGCUCCGAGGAGCAGGCUGUUGAUACGCAAAUCAGACCCGGGAUGUUUGAUACAAAGUACCCGUCCAAUAUUGACGGAGAAGAUCUCUUCCCAGAAAUGACCAGUCUCCCGCCUGAAAGAGAAAUUUUUACUGAUAUCACCCACUGCAUCAUGUGCUCGACGGUACUCAAUGAGGUAUACUGGUCUCCGACGAUACUCGAAAAGAGUGUUCCAGUUCCCCAUACCGACCAGGAAAUUAUAGUAACAAAAGUUGGCAAAAUGCUACACGAUAAGUAUUUAAGCCAUUUUGAUCUGGAUAUGCCUUUACAAUGGAUAUCUGCCACUAUUAUCCGGCUCCAACUGGCAAGAGCAUGGCUGCUUGUCCAAAAACCCUGUGAACAGCCGCCAAGUUCAGAUUCGCCUCGCAAUGAUACAGUCUUUGAGACUGCUGUCGAGAGUGUUAAUUUUUCAUACUUGUUACAGACGAAUCCCGUCACCACGCAAUGGACCUGGCUAUGCAAAAGUUACAAGCAGUGGUAUAUUAUGGCCUAUUUGCUUACGGAACUAUGUGCUCGUCCAUUAUGCGCCGAGACUGACCAUGCUUGGGAUGUCGUGACGAAGAUGCUGGUCCAGUGGCAACAGAAUGUGCAGCAUCAUACUGCCUUUGAGAAACCCUUCGUCGAGUUGGUAGAGCGUACUGCUGCUGUGCGAGCCGCGAAACUAGUGAGCCAGCAUUCCAACCAGAAAGGAUCUGUUCAAGACUUGCAAGAGGAUCCAUUCGGGGUUUCAGAAUUGGGGAUCAGCAUUGAUUGGCUACGUGAAGCUGGACUCUAG